UUCCGCCGGUCGUGUCGCGUGUGUUCCGUUCGCCAUAUAUAGUACUAUAUAUACUCUAUAUCCACUCGUUACUCGGAGUCGGUCAAGUGUAUUCAGCUAGUCAGUCUGUUUGCACCGCGGCGUCGUUCUCUUUGGCUGUCAAUUUGAGUCAAGAACAGUCAGUCGUCUGGACUACGUCAUCGUACUGAUUGCGUCAGCAAUUUGUUGCUCUUUAGCUUUAUUUUCAGCAUUUUUUCACUCAGUCACUCGGUUUUGUUUUGUUCUCCGCAUUUCGCCGACAUUCGACAUGAGCAGCGAUUCCGAUGUAUUGGAUAUAGUGGCAGGGAGCGAGGGUCCGCCCUUACAAGCCUUUCGCAGCAGCAAUCCCUUCGAGCAAUCCCUUCAAAAGUCAUCCUGCCAGCAGGACUUUGAGCGGGAUCGGGAUGCAAAUCUGACUCCAUUGCAUAUGCUGCGACGGGCCAGCGAAACGGUAACCGCCAGCAUCCUGGAGCCGGAAAAGGAGCACCUCCUGGGCGACAAGCCACAGGCGCCACCUCGUGCCCAUGGAACCAGCACGCCUAGCGCCUCCGAAGCGAAGCGCAGCAAACAGCAACCGUAUCAGUGGCAGCUGCAGCAGCAACAGCAGCAGUUAGGCAACAGCAGCAACAACAGCAACGGGACACUGGCGCCAGGUGACAACAUGACACAAGGAGCAGCGCCGCAGGACUCACAGAGCGACAUCCUGCCCACCCGCCCGAUGCAUACCAAAUUAGACAUACAGAGGAUCCCGGAGGAUGAGGCGGGCGGCGAGGCCACACAAAACGCUGCAACAAUAAUUUUAACGCCGACAUCAUUAAAUUUAACAAAUACAACACAGAAUGUUGCCGCCAACAAUGCGGGCAACUCCAGCAACAGCACCAGCUCCAACGCCAACUGCGGCCCAGGAUCCGGCUCCGUCUCCGUCUCCGGCUACCCAACUGCGAACGCAACUCCGGGCGGAGUCCGUGGCGACGAGUACAAAGGGCCCAAAUGGUGGCUUUAUAUACGUUCGCAUUGGGUGAACAGUUCCGAGCUGGUGGCCCUGCUGGCCAUUUUCCUGGGCCUUUGGGCCAUGGGCUGGGUUCUGCUGCCGGAGUACGCCCAGCCACCGACUGUCAUCAUGCGCAUUGCAUUCCUCUUCGUGGGCGCACAGAUAUCCGGCAUCCUGGUCACCUUCGUCCACCUGCCCGACAUGCUGGGCAUGCUCUUCUUCGGCGUACUGUAUGCCAACCUCGGUCUGGCCACUUUCGAGGGCUACCAGAAGUUCGAGCUGUUCCUGAGGGAGAUGGCUCUGAUCAACAUCAUGCUGCUGGCUGGCCUGGGGCUGGAUGGAGACGCCUUCAAGCGGCUGUGGUUCAUGAUACUCCGGUUGACCCUGCUGCCCACAAUUGUGGAGGUUGCGGCCAUCGCCGGACUGGCCAACCUUACACUCUCGAUGCCCUGGCUGUGGGGCAUCGCCCUGGGCCUGGUCAUCACCGCCGUGUCCCCGAAUGUGGUCGUCACUGUGAUGCUGAAGCUGAAGGAGGAUCGACUCGGCCUGAACAGCGGCAUCCACACGCUCAUCUAUGCCAUGACCACAUGCAACGAUGUGGUGGCCAUCUUCAUGUUUGGCGUGAUAAUCAGCGUAAUAUUCUCAACGACCUCGCUCAGCCAGCAAGUGCUGCAGGGUCCCAUUGGCAUUGGGAUUGGACUCGUUUUUGGCUAUCUCUACGGCUCGAUGCUCCAGUACUUGCCAUCCCGGAAUGCGACGUACGCAAAUGGCCUCCGCUUCGUCCUGACCAUCUUGGGCGGCACCAUCGCCGUGAUGGGCAGCCGCGUCAUUGGUUAUACGUCGGCCGGAGCUCUGGGUUGUGUAACGACCGCCUUUAUUGCGAGGAUUGGCUGGCGGCGGGAGGAGAUCAGGCUGACGCCCCAGCAGCUGCAGACCCAGCAAAUUGCGAGUGUGCCCAAGCGACUGGACCUCAUGUGGAAGUUCCUCAAGCCCGUCUCGUUUGCGCUCAUUGGCAAGGAAAUUAAUUUCAACGUGCUGCAGGGCCAUGUAAUCGGUUAUGGCGCAUUGUUGGUGCUCGUCGGAAGUUUGUUUCGCCUGGCUUUUGCAUAUUUAUCCACAUAUGGCGGAAAUCUGUCGAGAAAGGAACGUGCCUACAUUACAAUUUCCGGUUUUCCCAAAGCAACUGUCCAAGCCGCCUUGGGUCCAGUGGCUUUGGACAUGGCACGUGCUGCCAGCGUGGCCAGUCCGGAACAGCUUGCUCUGGCCGGGAAUGUGCUCAUCAUCUCGGUGCUGGCGAUUAUAUUCACCGCCCCGCUGGGCGCCAUUCUCAUGCUGCGCCUGGCGCCGUAUUGGCUCAAACAUGGAGAUGCAGUGCAGCCAGUUGCCCCAACGCUGGGCAACAGCAAUUCCUCGAAGGAGGAACGUAGGACAUAGCUUCAGGUUGAUCUGGAGACGGAACUUUAAAUCCAUGCCGUGUACUUACGCAACCAUUUCAGUCGUACUUAUACUUACGUGUACUUAGGCACUACGCUGUUCAAAUAAAAGUAAAUGCGAAAAGUUAGCAACAUAUUUCGCUCGAAG